GCUUGUGCAUGCCCAAAUGGCUUUGCGUCGGACAUGGCAAUAUUUGAAAUUGUAACACAGACCUAAAUCAGUUUCUAGGAUCUCAUCUGACAGUCAAUGUGUGGAGGUUUUUAGACGAUUUUUUCUGUUUCAGUGUGCGAAGAAUCCUCGAACAGGUCGAUCAGGUCCUGCUGGGUGAGUGAGUGGGUCCGGAUCGUGUUGUCGAUAGCAUGGCAGCUGGCCGUGGCGGCUCAGUAAAAUACGGCAAAAGAAUACCGUUUGUGAUCCGGUUUUCCGGAUUCUGCUAAGUAUUCACAACGGUCGCGGGAUGGAUUCGUCAUUGUCAAUAUCUGGACGUUGGCGAUCGUUAUGAUGCCUCCCUCUCUAUCGUGCUAACUCUCACUUUUGUUACGAGUUCUUACUCAGUGUCGACCAUUUCUAGCGCGAUCAGGAAGUUCCUGUAAAGUGUUGGUGUUACAUGUUAGUGUUGCGUGGAUUGACGCCCUCAUUGCGUGUUUUCUGUCUGCCAUCGUGGUCGUGAUCCCCUUCAAUUGUGUGACACGUUGUUGGGAACUCAUUCUGGCGCAGCUCGCUAGGCUUGGUAGUGGUGUCUGUAAUCUUGUAGCUUGAGGGAGUGAUAGAGGUAGUGAGACGGUGGCUUUGAGUUGCAGGUGCCGGUCAUUUUACCAUGCACAGUGUCGUCAGAAGUUGACCGAGCCAAAGACGCACAUGUGUGCUCUCUACUUGUUUCGAUCUUCGACGUGUACUCCAGGCCCCGGGUCUUGCGACGUCUGCUCUCGAUCAUCUCGUUCGAGAAUUACUAGUCAGGUACUUUGGAACCCCAACACGUGAAUGCUGGCAUUCUUCCGGAAUCCCUGCUGAAUUUCUUCACCACAAAAUGGAGCUUUAGUACCCCUCUUGGAUAUGUCACUGAUGCCCACGUCCAAACGCUGAUUUGAAGCUUUCUAACCAAGCUGCGCAUCUCCAGCAAUCCCAGCAGCUAUCAUUUGUUGUCCGAAGUUGCGCUGGUUAUGUUGAGGCAUGGCUGCUUAUGGCCGCGGGUUCUUAUCAUAUUGGUCUUCUACGUCACCACCUCAGGAGCAUACGUGGGAUUCAAUUAUGGCACGAAUGGAGACAACCUCCCAUCGCCUACACAAGCCGUCGCUCUUCUCAAGAGCCUUGGCAUAACCCAAGUUCGAAUUUACGACACUGACCCCGCGGUGCUCGAUGCAUUCAAGGACUCUAACAUCCAGCUCGUUAUAGGCAUUCUUAACAGCGAGCUCUUUCAAGUAGGCGCCACAAACACCUCCGCGGCGGAAUGGGUGACCACGAAGAUUGCCCCAUAUGCGAAUUCCACCGACAUAUAUGCCAUUGCGGUAGGAAACGAGGUCCUUACUGGUUACCCGAACGCUUCGUCGCUUCUUGUUCCGGCAAUGAAUAAUAUAUAUUCUGCGCUGGCCGCUAGUAAUCUUCAGAACAUCAAGGUGUCUUCCCCUUGCUCUAUGGACUUGCUUGCGGCGUCUUUCUUUCCAUCUGCUGGGCAAUUCAACGGCUCCCAUGCCGAAAUCCCAGCACUGCUCGACUUUCUGUCACGAACCUUUUCUCCGUACAUGGUGAACGUGUACCCAUGGAAAGCCUUCACUGCGCAACCUACCGUCAUUUCGCUUGACUACGCGCUCUCCAACAUGAAUGGCACGAACGGAACCGUCGUGGACCCAGGUUCGAAUUCCACGUACACGAGCUUGUUCGACGCGCAACUUGAUGCAGUAUACGCUGCCCUGGGGAGGUCCAACCACUCUGACUUGAUGGUGGUCGUGAGUGAGACCGGUUGGCCCACUGCUGGAGACACUGGGGAAGCUGGUGCAUCGAUUCCGAACGCACAGACAUACAACUCAAACUUGGUGAAGCGGGUGGUGAACAAUGUGGGCACGCCGGCGAGGCCCGGCAUUGUCAUCAACGCUUUCUUGUAUGAACUUUUCAACGAGAAUCAAAACGUCGGCCCCACCUCACAGCGGAAUUUCGGUGUGUUCACUAACGAUUCCACUCCGUUGUACGCGCUCAACCUGGUCGGAACCAAUAAUACCAGUGGCUCGGGAGUUGGCCAACGCUCUUGGUGCAUUGCUAAGCAGGGGAUGUCCGAGGUUGUGUUGCAAACUGCACUAGACUUCGCCUGCGGGGCUACUGGGAUGGUGGAUUGCACACCUAUCCAACCGAAUGGCACCUGCUUCCUACCUGACACAAGAUACUCCCAUGCUUCCUGGGCAAUGAACAUGUUCUAUGCGAACAGCUCAGACGGUGCUGCCUCCUGCAACUUCCAGGGCGCGGGUCGAAUUACUACCUCCGACCCAAGCUACGGCUCCUGUGUAUAUCCAGCCAGCACAUCAACGACUGUGAGUAGCGACCAAAAGUCUAAGUUAGUACUCUCCUCAGCACCACUGCUUUGUCAGCUAUCCUUCCUUCUCCUUGCAAUGAGCCUUUGGAGAUAACGGUUUACAAGGUGUGUACAUUUACGAGGUGCCCAGCAAGUAUUGGACAGGUUUCCCAUAGAUUUUGGUGCAGUUGUAACAGAACGAAAAACCUCUAGUAAAGGAUGUUAAUUAGGAAUUUUUGCAGUUUCUAAUCCAACAUAUAAAGCCAUGAGCUUGAACUAGUCAAGUGGAUUUAGUUGUAGCCUGCAGGAUGCGUCAGGAGAUAUCCGAUUUUGUGGUAAAUGAAUGUAAGUAGAGCUCUGCAUGUGCUUCUUCUCACCUGGGUCAAAUUUUGAAUCAAUGACCCACUUCCCAAUCUUGUUA